AUGCCGAAAUUUCCAAAACAGCGUAGCUUCAAUCGUUAUUUAAAUCUAAGAAGAUCAAUAGAAAGUAUUUCAAUAGAAAACUCAUCAAAUUUAUUGGACGAAGAAGAAGAUCAAAUCGUACCUGAAAAUAGUGAUCCUACGAACUAUGUCGAUUUUUCAAGUGCAUCUAUACUAAACGAAAUUACUGAUUUAUUUACAUUUUGCAAAGAGCAAAUUAAUACACGAUUCAUUAGUGUUUUAUUAUACAUUAGUUUACGAUAUUACGGCCAUUCAUGGCGCGAAAUUAGUUCUUUUCUUGAUACAAUUAGUGCUAUGACGGCGAAAACUGCUCACAAAUGGUCCACCGUAUUAGUUACUCAAGAUUUUGAUGAAUUUAUUAGUGACCGAAGAGGUGGAAAACAUAAUGAAUCAGUUUAUGAUAUUUUUCCUGAAUUAGAAUUAGAAGCAAAACAAUAUGUUUUUGAACAGUGUACAAAAAAAGAAGCAUCAUUCACGGCAGAAAAAUUAGCAAAGUUCAUCGAUGAUCGUUUCUAUGAUAUAACACAAUUACAGAAAGUUCAUUCACAACUGGUUAGAUCAAUAGAAAGUUGUAGAUUAGAUUUACGACGAUUCGGUGCAAAACAUAAACCAAACGCCGAACGGCCAUAUUUUUUAGGCCAUGAACGUAAUGAUGUGGUUCAACACCGACAACAGUUUAUUGAAUAUUUUAUGAAAAAUCAAAAUCAUUUUUAUACAAUAACGAAUGAUUUUGAACCAGAUUGGAAAAUCCCAACGGUUGAACCAACAAUUUUGAUUUGCCAUGAUGAGAGUAAUUACAAAUCUGGUGAAAUAUCGGCCAAAAGAUGGAUAAUAGAAGAAAACGCUCCAUUUUACAAUAAAGGACGAGGAAGAAGUGUAAUGUGUUCCGAUUUUCUUAUCAUGCACCCAAGUGGCCCAUUUUUUACAUUGUCAAACAAUGAAUUUGCAAAUGCAUUAACAAAAUAUCCAGAUUUAAAUGAUGACAAUGAUAUAUAUUAUGAAAAAAAUUCAGCUUCAGGAAGUAUACAUGUUGGCGGUAACAACUAUUUUGACAAUGAGAAUUUUCUAAAACAAGUUGAACGUCUUUUCUUACUCUUACCUUUCAAGAAAGCAUUCCGUGGACAUAAAUUUGUACUAUUGGUUGAUAAUGCUCGCACUCACACUGCUGUUGAAUACAAUGUUAAUGAUUUUGGUCUAAAACCUGGUACAAGAUGUAAGAUUGAUGAAAUUGAAUAUAUCGAUGAAACAAAUACCACACAAACGAUCAGAUGCCGUGAUGCAAAUGGAAUUGCCAAAGGUUUACUGGGAAGCGCACAAGAAAUAGGGAUAU